CGCUCGCCCCGCGAUCCUCCCGCUCCUCCUCCCCGCUCCGCGCACCCCUCCUCCCCCUCGCCCUCGGCCGCCUCUCCGCAGCCGGCUCCUCCUCCGCGCUCUCCCCGCUAACUUUCCCGGUCCUGCGGGCGCACCGCGCUCCCGGCAGGCAGGGCCACUGCAGACCGCGGGCCGCCGGCUCGCUGCGCCCUGGGUCCCAUCCCCGCGCCCCUGGCGCGCUCUGCAGAGACCAGCGCCAUGCCCGGGGCCGGGGGCCGCGGCGCAGCCCCGGCAAGAUGGCUGGGCGCUGGGAUUUUGGGUCUCUUCCUGCUGCCCGCGGCCCUGGCGCUGGAGGUGUCGGUGGGGAAGGCCGCCACCAUCUACGCCGUCAACGGCACGGAGGUCCUGCUGCCCUGCACCUUCUCCAGCUGCUUCGGCUUCCACAACCUGGCCUUCUCCUGGUCCUACAACAGCAGCGACGCCUUCCGGGUGCUCCUAAGCGGGACCGUGAAGAACGAGAAGGCGGACCCCAGGCUGCACCUGAGGAGCGACGACCGCAUCACGCUGGAGGGCUCCACCAAGGAGAAGAUGAACAACCUGUCCAUCCUGCUGCGGGACCUGGACUUCGGCGACACCGGCCGCUACACCUGCCAUGUGCGGAACCCCAAGGAGAAGGACCUGCAGCACCAGGCCACCAUCUUCCUCCAAGUGGUGGAUAAGCUGGAGGAAGUGGACAACACGCUGACACUCAUCAUCCUGUCGGUGGUGGGCGGCGUCGUUGGGCUCGUGGUCCUCAUCCUGCUGAUCAAGAAGCUAGUCACCUUCAUCCUCAAGAAGACCCAGGAAAAGAAGAAGGAAUGCCUUGUGAGCACCUCAGGGAAUGACAACACGGAGAACGGGCUGCAGGGCUCCAAGGCCGAAGAGAAGGCACCCAGCAAGGCGUGAGCCUGGGGGCCACAGCCCAGGGCGCCGUGUGAGGGUGACUCCCAGGCCUGUGGGCCGCCUGCCUGACGCUGCUGCUUGGCUCAAACUCUCGUUUUCCUGUGGGAGCCGGGUCCUGCCCGGCCUGCCGCCCGGAGAAGGGGUGGGGUGCGGUGGGAGGGUCCGGCGGGGGCCAGGCCUCACCCCUGGGCAGGUGGCUCUCCUCUUCCCGGUGGCAGAGGACGUGGCCCCAGGCUUCUCCUGGAGCCGGCGCCCUGGGAGCACGAACUCUUCUGGGGCGCAUUGGCCUCAGGGACCCUGGCAGGGUGUGGGGUGGGGCUGGAGGGUGCAGGGAGAGGCUCUGAUGGGUUCCCGACCCCCUGCCCCCGUCCACCACCUCUGCCAGCCCGUCCCAGGGCACAGGGGCCCAUCCUGCUUGGCGCUGCCCCCUCUGCUGUGGGUGCCUCGGUGCCCUCACGCCUGCUCCCCUGACUCAGGGUUGUGUGCGGGCACCCCCCCCCCACCCGCCGGCCUCCGCCUCAGGUCCCCUUCCUUCGGUGAGAGCGCCCUCCACCAGGGGUUCUGGCUGCUUCCUGCUCAGCUGGGCCUCGCCCGCCGGUCCUGGUGCGGAGGGGGGAGGUGCCAGUUUUCCUUUGCUUUUCCAGAACUGCUGACCCGUGUGUGGGGCUAGAGGCUAGACUGUGCCUUAGCUCCAGGUCCAGCUCCCCCUCCCCCUCAUGCCACCCGUCUCCUGUGGUACUGCUGACGGCUCCCUGUGACCCCCCUCCCCCCCCCCAAGCCGGGUCCGGGGCGGAAGCGUGUCACUGUGGCCCCGUGGGCAAUGGCUGAGUCACAGAGACGGCUCCCAGGCUCCCGGGGGCCCCUGGCUAGGAUGUGGAGGUGCGGGAGUGGCCCCAGGUGCUGUCCCGGAUGGGGGCAGAAGUCAGGUGGCAGGAGGUGGCAUUCGGAGGUCAAGGUCACGUCUGCCCCCUCUGUCCCACUCUCAGAAGCCCUGAGGCAGGCUCCUGGGCCCUGGGGGGAGGGGAGGCGGCAGCAGCUUCCUCAGGGUGGAGACAGGGCAGGAGGGGGCGGGGAGGAAACUGGGGGGCAGCAGCACUACAGGCUGUCCCUGGCCCUGCCCCCCAUGAGCUCAGGGUCCCCGCCAGCUGCCGCUGUCCCUUCUGUCCUUCUGCUCCCAUAACCCAUCCCCAGGCUCCUGGCAUUGGGAGCAGACAGAGCAGAGCCACCAGGCACCGGGGAAAGUAUACUGCCUUCCUACAGCCGCUCCGCCAGCGCCCGUGGCCGGAGGGCCGGUCCCCCUGAGGACAGGCUGCCGACCAGGCCCAGGCCCCGGACAGGAGGGGGUGCCCCUCGCGGCCGCUGCUGCUAACGCACACCCGGCCAGCACGUCUCUGACUCAGCUUCCCCAUUUACACAAUGGGCGGCCCGAUGCCUGCCUCCCUCCCUGGACUAUUGGGAGGCUUGGCGAGUUGUUUAAAAAGUCCUUUGGGCUUGGAAAGUGACCGAGGAGGCCAGCGUUAUAACUGGUGGGAUGUUCAAGGUUGUCCUGUCCCCUCUCUGUGUCCCUUCCCUAGAACACACAUCCUCCCUCCUCCCAUAACACACACCCUCCCUCCUCCCAUAACACACACCUCCCUCCUCCCAUAACACACACCCUCCCUCCUCCCAUAACACACACCCUCCCUCCUCCCAUAACACACAUCCUCCCUCCUCCCAUAACACACACCUCCCUCCUCCCAUAACACACACCCUCCCUCCUCCCAUAACACACACCCUCCCUCCUCCCAUAACACACACCCUCCCUCCUCCCAUAACACACACCCUCCCUCCUCCCAUAACACACACCUCCCUCCUCCCAUAACACACACCCUCCCUCCUCCCAUAACACACACCCUCCCUCCUCCCAUAACACACACCCUCCCUCCUCCCAUAACACACACCUCCCUCCUCCCAUAACACACACCCUCCCUCCUCCCAUAACACACACCUCCCUCCUCCCAUAACACACACCCUCCCUCCUCCCAUAACACACACCUCCCUCCUCCCAUAACACACACCCUCCCUCCUCCCAUAACACACACCUCCCUCCUCCCAUAACACACACCCUCCCUCCUCCCAUAACACACACCCUCCCUCCUCCCAUAACACACAUCCUCCCUCCUCCCAUAACACACACCUCCCUCCUCCCAUAACACACACCCUCCCUCCUCCCAUAACACACACCCUCCCUCCUCCCAUAACACACACCCUCCCUCCUCCCAUAACACACACCUCCCUCCUCCCAUAACACACAUCCUCCCUCCUCCCAUAACACACACCCUCCCUCCUCCCAUAACACACACCCUCCCUCCUCCCAUAACACACACCCUCCCUCCUCCCAUAACACACACCUCCCUCCUCCCAUAACACACACCCUCCCUCCUCCCAUAACACACACCCUCCCUCCUCCCAUAACACACACCCUCCCUCCUCCCAUAACACACACCCUCCCUCCUCCCAUAACACACACCCUCCCUCCUCCCAUAACACACACCCUCCCUCCUCCCAUAACACACACCUCCCUCCUCCCAUAACACACACCUCCCUCCUCCCAUAACACACACCCUCCCUCCUCCCAUAACACACACCCUCCCUCCUCCCAUAACACACACCCUCCCUCCUCCCAUAACACACACCCUCCCUCCUCCCAUAACACACAUCCUCCCUCCUCCCAUAACACACACCCUCCCUCCUCCCAUAACACACACCCUCCCUCCUCCCAUAACACGCAUCCUCCCUCCUCCCAUAACACACACCCUCCUCCCCCUCGCCCCUCCCCACUUCCUCCCUCUCUCCCUCCCUCAUUAUCUCCCUCUCUCCCUGGGCCUCCUGCCUUCCCAGGUCUCCCCUGGGGACUAUUUCAGUGUUUGUUGUCAGGAACCUGGGUCCUGAUGCUUGAGACUCCUGUAAUGACACUUGGUGGGUGGCUUUCAGCGGAGGUGAGGGGGACUGUCGGGGACUCCUGGUGGCCUGAGGCCCGGGGUUACCUGCUGGCACCUGUAAGUGGGCGGAGGAGGUUAGAUUAGUCCCCACACCAAAGAACGGUCCUGCCCGACGCCAGGAUCACACCCUGGGAAAAACUGGCGUGUCCUGCGGUGAAGCACAGCAGUCUCCCCGCAGACCCACCUGGAGUGCCUGCCGCCAAUAUCAGGGAGGGGUGUGUGUCAGGGCCUGUGGCCCCACAGGGCCAUCUGCACAAUGUCCUGGGGGCCCAGGCGCUGCGGCUGGGGGGCAGUAAGGUGAGUGCGAGCAGAGACAGGUCUUUCCCAGCUCUCCUUCCUGGCCCUGACCUCGGGCUCCGCACCCCAGGCCUGGGGCUCCUGGGGCAGAAACUGAGCAGAAGGCGGCGAGAAUGGUCCGGGGCUGCUAGCGGGGCCUGGGAUGCGGGUGGAGCCCCGGCGUCCCCCGUUCCCUGGCGGGAAUUCAUAACUGUGGGCGGUGGCUGUGAGAGAGAGGGUGCUGGAGGGGGGCAAAGGCUGGGGUGCCCGAGGUGGGCAGCCUGCAUCGCAGGAGCUCUGGUCUGGUUCAGCGUGACCUGGGGGGCACCCAGAAGCUGAGCAAGGAUAGGAAACGGGGGGGGGGCAGGGAGGGGGGGAGACCAGCCACACUCCUGCGCUCCGUGACUCAAUGUCUGCACCUCACCAGCACCCCAGCUGCCGUCGGAGCGCUGGGGUGGACACCCGCACCCCUGGGAGAAAUGAAACUGCCCACCCUCCCAGGCCGGAGCCGCUCCCCUCUCUCCCCCUCCCGCCCCCGCCCGGGUCUGCAGUGCUUCCGACUCAUGCGCGGUCUCCCUGGCUGGGGCGACAGCAACACCCACAGCCAGCUCCCCGAGGGCCCCGGUCCGGUGCGCAGCAGGGCUGGAGCCCGGACCGGCCGCGGCCUCGGGAGGCCGGCUGUGAGCACCUUCAGCGCCGGCUCGGGGUCCAGCCGGGGUGGCCGGGCUGUCUCGCCUUUACAACCUGACUGCACUGCAGGGCUUUCUUUCGCUUUGCCUUGGAAGAAAUAAAUGUUACGUUGCACAGA